CCCACCACCACGACCCCCCAGCCCCCCACCCCACCCCCUGUCUGCCCCCGGACCCUAGAGAACGGACGGGUCAGGAUAGAGGCAGGACGUCCGAGCCCGCCGUUCCGUAACAACCGGGUACAGACCCUGCACUACGCAUGCGCGCCGGGGUACGAGCUACAGGGACCCUCCAAGCUGACCUGUCCGUAUGAGGAAGUAGCUCUUCCCCAGAGGGCACCGCUACUGAGAGAUCUGCGCAAGCGCUCUGUGGAGGGACCGAUGUUCGAGGACGUGACGUCACUGACCCUUGACCCCGCGCAGGGAUCCAACCCGAGCCAGCGGUACUACGGCAUGACCGUGACGGACGUGAACAGGGACGGCAAGAUGGAGAUCUUCGUCGCCAGCUAUGGCCGUCCGAAUCUCGUCCUGAAAUGGAGCUCCGAGAGGAGACGGUACGAGAACAUUGCCGUGGACAAUCCAGAAUCCCCUUACUACUUCCUGCGUGACCCGGAAGGAAAUGGCAUCAGCGUGGCCGCUUGUGACAUUGACGGUGAUGGCUGGGAAGAGAUCUACAUCGUGAACAUAUUUUUACCAAGUCAAUAUUGGGAAGAAAUCUACAUCGUGAACACGCAGUCCAACAGUGUGGAGGAUAGCGACCUGGCGCAGGCCGACAGACUGUUCCACUUUCACGAGGGGAGGUACAGGGACGUGCUGAGGGAGGAAUACAACCUCGGUCUCGGCCAAACUCUCUCCGCGAAAUCCGUGGCCUGCAUCGACAGAACGGGUUCCGGCCGUUACUCGUUCUUCGUGACGUCAGACGGGUGGAGCGGCGCCUCCCACAAGAUGAUCGAGAUGGACAUGGACGAUAGUGACGUCACGGCUGGGAGGAUCAAACUCAGUGACGUAGCUGGGGAGGUGGGCGUCAACUUCUUCGCAGGUAGUCAUGGUAUUGUUGUUGCUCUUUUUUCUCUCACAGGCGGUUUUGGAGUAGCUGUUGGCCCGAUUGUUAGCGACAACGGCAUGUCGGACAUCUUCGUCACCACAGACGGCAAGUCUCCCAACCUGCUGCUCAAGAACAGGGGAGACGGCACCUUCGAGGAGGUGGCCGAACCUUCAGGCAUUCUGGACGCAAGGCUUCACGACGACCACUGGCAUUCCAGAAAGAGUCGCGGGGUGGCGCUGGCGGACUUUAACGCUGACGGGACGCUGGACAUCGUCUACGGGAACUGGAUGGGCCCGCACCGCCUAUGGGUCCAGACCAAGGCACAGGACGGCAGAAAUAUAUUCAAGAACGUUGCAGGCAAGAACUUCCAGCGUCCGUCUCCGGUCACGUCCGUGUUCGCAGCCGACUUCGACAACGACGGGACCACCGAGGUGUUCUUCCAGAACGUGGUCAACUGGAUCGCUGGCAGGAUAGCACCAAACACACUGUACAGAGUACGGCAGAGGGAUGUCGGGAAGGUUCCAGUUUUUGACCAGUUGGACGCAGGAGACGCCGUGGAGGCAGGAAGAUACGGAACAGGUGGCGUGACAGCUGACCUUGACCACGACGGACAGCUGGAACUUGUCCUGUCUCACGGUCCUGACCUUCCGGACGUGCUGUCCGUCCACAGGCCGCGGCUGGGCAAACAGAACAACUGGAUCCGAGUCCUGCCCAAAACAAGACAUGGCGCCCCGGCCCGUGGAGCCCGUGUCGUCAUCAGGACCUCCAAUGGUGACUCCCAGAUCCGCGUGGUGGAUGCCGGGACGGGCUACCUCUCCCAGUCGGAGCCGAUCGCGCACUUCGGGCUGGGUUCGGGAAUCCUUGCCACCGAUCUGGAGGUCACGUGGCCCAACGGACGCAAGGCUGGAAAAGCGCUCUCCGCAGCCGAUAACAACAAGGCGAUCGUUGUGGAAUACCCGUACGGAUACUUGGAGGACGAUCCCGAACUGUUUCCGCUAGACAGCCCGACCGGAAGUGUGGACGGCGGCGUGGACAACCCGGUUGUUGCUCCAGGAACGACGGAGAGCAACGUCAUCAACGAAAACGUCACGGCUCCUGCACCAACCACGUUGUCGGCGGGAUGGUACGUCAUCAACGAGAAUGUGACGUCAUCUGAGGGCGAGAUCUUAACGGAAAUCGAGGGCAUUGUCUCCACUCAAACCGUUGCAGUGCCCACUACGCAUGCGCAGAGCAUUCUUACCACUUCAACGUUUGCAACGACAACGAAGCAAACGACAACAACAACAGCGACCCCUAGCGCUUCGACACAGAGAAUGCAGAACUUCACAACCGCGAAGCCGGAAGCAAGCACAACAAAGCCACGGUCUCCGACGCUAGAAGAAAUCGAGGUGAUCGGCAUGCAGUUGCCGCGGUGCGUGCGGAUCGACGUCACGUGUGCCCCGCCGGAGGUGCCGAACGGCCGCUGGGAGCGAAUCGCAGCCCUCCUACUGGAGGGAGAGUCACGUGACACCGAUGGGAUGGCAGAAGGUACGCUAUUGGCUGUUGUAGACACGUGA